UUUCCGGCCAUUCAUACCCGCAAUCGGUCGGCGCUCGGUUGUCGGGGUUUGUGCGCUAUCGCACCAAGAGGGUGGCGGCGCCGCUAAGAUGAAGCUCGUGAGAUAUAAUUGACGUACAACACUGUAAGUUUAAGGUAUACAGCAUAAUGACUUGAGUUACAUAUGCUGUGAAAUGAUUAGCACAAUUUUUGAUGAAAUUGAGUCACGAAACUGUAACCAUUGAAUUAAAGAACGGAACCCAGGUCCAUGGAACAAUCACAGGUGUAGAUGUCAGCAUGAAUACACAUCUGAAAGCUGUGAAAAUGACCCUGAAGAACAGAGAACCUGUACAGCUGGAAACAUUGAGUAUUCGAGGAAAUAACAUUCGAUAUUUUAUUCUGCCAGACAGCUUACCUCUGGAUACACUACUCGUGGAUGUUGAACCGAAGGUGAAGUCUAAGAAAAGGGAAGCUGUUGCAGGAAGAGGCCGAGGCCGAGGAAGGGGAAGAGGACGUGGCCGAGGCAGAGGAAGAGGGGGUCCUAGGCGAUAAUGUCUCUGAAGACUACUAUUUCAAAGUAGUAGGGAAGAAGGAGAAGACAUGGCGGAUGGAGAAUAAAUACAACACUGAGGACAUGGCAACAGGAGACACAGCAUGGAACUACUUCAGCAAUUAUACGGCUAUGCAGCUUUAGCGGAUAAAGGGUGGAAAUUACUGUCUCAAACUGAGGAUGUUGGGGUUUUUUGUACAGGCUUUCUUUGUUUCUGGCAGUUUUUAAUAAACAUAAAUAUAGAACAGA